UAGGUCAGCACUUAACAGAAAAACACAAUUCAGGAAGCCAGGAAGUUAAAGUUGCCACUACUGCGGUCAAAACUUGUAGACACAAACAGCAGCCGUACAGUUAGAAAUAUAGAAACUGAGACUUUAAACCUUUUUUUCUUUUUUCUGCCUAAUUUAACUGCCAACUAACGAUGGACAAGCUUCGUCGUGUGUUAAGCGGACAAGACGAUAAUGAAGAGUUGGGUCUCACUGCACAGGUCCUUGAUGCCAGCUCUCUCAGCUACAGCACCAGGGUGAAGUGGUUCGUCAUAUGCUUUGCUGGAGGCAUCCUGUGUUCAAUACUCGGUUCAGCACUGCUGUUCCUUCCAGGUGGAAUCAAGCUUUUCGCAGUCUUCUACACAAUAGGGAAUCUCGCAGCUCUUGCCAGCACCUGCUUCUUAAUGGGACCACUAAAACAGCUGAAGCGUAUGUUUGAACCAACAAGACUGAUAGCCACCAUUGUUAUGCUGCUCUGCCUUGUCCUAACGCUUUGUGCAGUGUUUUGGUGGCAUAAAAAGGGGCUGGCCAUCAUCUUCUGUAUUCUGCAGUUUUUGGCAAUGACAUGGUAUAGCAUCUCUUACAUUCCAUUUGCCAGGGAUGCUGUGAUGAAAUGCUUCACAACCUGUCUGAGUUAGGAGUCUCUGACCAACAAUUUGAAUUGAAGACUGGUCCUAAUAUGCAAACUGCAAGAAUGGUGGCUCUGUAAAAUAUACAUCUAUGUUGUUUAUACACUAUAUCUCCAGAUUUUUACUAUGGCUUUUUCAUACUGUGAAUUCUCGCUUUUUAAGUCUAGUCGAAGAUCUCUAACUGUAAUCAGAUUAUAACACUUUUGCUUUUGUUUGUGAGAGACAUGAGUGCCUUUAAUGCUUAAUAUAUUUAAAGAUGUGCCUAUAUUUUCAGAGGAUUUUAUACCAUUUAAGUGCAGGGAAAUAAUUUUGACUUUGCAAUACAUUAUUUACAACAUAAAGUGCCUGAACAUUAUAAAUAUGAAGAGAUCUGUUGACAUAUCGACCAACCAUACACAAUUACAUCUUAAACAGUGUGAAAUUCCAUUUCCUUCUGGAUGGUGUUUUGCUUUCUUACUCACAAACAUUAUUAAAACACAUUGUCUUUCUGUCGUCUGUCUUUGAGGCACUGAUGUAUAAAGAGACUCCCUGAUGCGCUUCCAUGUUUAUUUAUGAUUAUUUUCCCCUUAGGCAAUUGAGGCACUGCUUCAUAGAUAAUGCACUGGGAUAUAUGAUGGUUCUUUUGAGGUUUUUCCGGCUAAAGAGAUUUUUCUUUUUUUUUUUUUUUUUUUUUUUAGAAAAGCAGCCCCUGUCUAGUCUGUUAGUCCUCAGUGUGUAUUUGAACACACCUACCCCCCCCCCAGCUCAUCAGAUUACAUUAAAAUUGCUUCUCCUUUUUAGACUCGAUUCCCUGCCAGAUGUAGCAAUGACCCAGUUAAUUACGCCUUUCUGAGCAUUGUGGUUUUGACGUGACCUAAUAACCCAGUAUAGCUUGCAUCAGGUUCCCUAUAUUGCUUCGGUAUGAUGGCAUAGCCUUUGAGGAUGCGGUUGUCAUGACAACCUCCUCUGGAAGAUCAUAACCUCAGCCUUCCCCCAUCUGUAGUGCAGAUGUUCAAAUUAUCCUGAUGAGGAGGUGUGUAUGUGUGUUUUUUUUUUUAUAGAACACCUUGGAAUGGGAGUCAGUCAUGGAUUUCACCAUAGAUUUUGAAAGUGAAAGAAAAAUGUUUUGAAACAGUUUGUUAUUUAAAUAUGGCAUCAAUAGCCACCUAUAUAAAGUCCCAACACACCCUGUUUUCCUGUGUAUGAGCUGCAGGAUUAGCUCAAGGUUUAACAAACAUGCCUCCAGGUUUUCUUUCUGCUUCAUGCUCCUAAAUAAGAGCACUUCCUGAUGUGCUGCCCCCACAUAGUUUCAUUAGACGCUUGUAUAAUGUAGUGGUGGUGGAUUAGCACGGACAAAAUCUCCCCUCAGCACUACUUGUUCAACUAACUUGGCUGAGACCCAGCAAAUCCUUAAGCAAUUAAUCUUUGGCAUAAAACAAUUCUGUUGAGUGAAGGAGUGGGGUUGUUUUUUUGUGAUAUUUAUUCUUUGCUCGCCAUUUUUGGGAUUACGGCGAAGUUUUGAGGCUGAAGGGGAAGGCACCCUGACCCUGGCAAUCUGUUAAGAGUCUCCCAACAGUUUCCUCUUCAUUACAUCUAAUCCAUUGUUAUGUCAGAGAGAAGAGGGAUCCCACACCACAACAAGCACUGAAAUGAAACACGUCUGUGUGUCCUCUCUCCGGCUUAAUGACCCAGCUCAUCUUGUAAAAAUGAAUAAAUAACUACGCUUG